UUCAGAGUAGAUUUAUUUUUUUGCUUUCACAGUAUUUUUAGUGCUGAAUUUUUCGUGUAGGUUUUCCUAACGGGGAAGAAAUAGUCGAGUUAAAUUGAACGUGACAGGUUCAUUUCAUAUUUCUCAAAAGCUCUGAUAAAAGCCUUAUUUGAUCAAAAUUUGUGUCACAUUUUGGUAAGCCUCACGCAACAAUCGAGACUACUGCGGCUGGACUUGAAUCCAAAAUCGACCAUUAAUUCCAAGCGCAUUAAUUACAGUUCGCUUGCUUGUGAAAGUCUUUCAUAAACUUACUGAUCUUUAUCAGCUCUGUCUCAAGGUAUUUGAGACGGUGGGACGUGGAAAUACUUCAGUACCUGAAAAUUGUUGAUCAGAGCCGUUAGUUCGAGCGCUAAUUUGUUUCAAAGUUGAAAACGAAAAUUAAAGAAAAAAAAUAUGGAAUGUGAAGACAAACAAGACAAGGCACUUGAACAGGCUUCUGAGGUCGCCUCAAAAGCGAUUUUGCCAAUCCAAGCGAAGCAAUUUUUGGUUGAUCUUGAAAAAGACCUGGACAACAUCGCGGACCACGUGAUGUUGUACAGACUCAAGAAGAUUGUCCGGCAUGUUCUCAUCCCGCGAUGCCGCAGUAAUCUUGUUGGAACAAUCGAUCAGGAGUUUAUGGUAACCUCUGAGGCGCUACCAGAUAUAAUCCAACUGGCCAUUCGGAUAAUUACUGCUAUACUCGAAAGAAUGGGAAAUUUAGGUUUCUCCUCCGUAAAAUAUCAGUCACGCAUGAAGAAAGAUGCCACAUCUGUAAUUGGUUAUCUCCUACAUAUUAAUCUGGGCUUCCACAAGGCUGGUGGUAAGAAGGAACUAGUCGGUCGAUUCCAGAGCAAAAUUUUGUCGGCAGAAAGAGUCUUCAAGCUAUACCUGUCAUACGAUUAUCCCUACCAGCCUGAGCCGAAGUCUUCCGUGUUCUCUGAUCGUCUCUGGAGUAAAAUCAAGAACAUGUCUGAGCUUCAGACGACCGAGAAUGCCCACUACUCGUUCUGCAAUGUAUGCAUCGCUCCGAAGGGGCUAGCAGACUACGCCAUUCUCGACGCAUGCAAUCAUCUCUACUGCGUUCCCUGCGCUCAUCGUCUCUUUGGUUUGCCCGAUGGGAACAAACCGGAGUGUCCGAUGUGCAACAAACGCGUGAAGGCGUUCACCACCACAGAGGACGUGCGACGCUGCAAGCUGCAACCAACAGUCAAGUCCAAGGCUGUACGAAUGUUCAAGUCUGUCAAGAAAACCAUUGGAAAGAAAUCAUCAAGUGCAGAGGACAUAGUAAAAUAUAUACGUCUAAAGAAUGAUAAAGACGAAAAGUACAUGGACAAGCAAUAACCAUUAAGAGAAUAACUCGUAUAGCAAAUAACGGAUCUCGCUUUUUCGAGCACUUAUUUUCAAAGAGGACUCUGUUGAACUCGCACCCGUGUGCUAAUAAGUUGACUUGGGUGCUUGUGUGAUGAGAAAGCUUCAUGAUCCAUAAGAAUGUGAAAAGUUUCUUUUUUUGAAGUUAUUUACUUUGACGUUUAUUCGAUGUUAGUUUACGGUUGAUCUUAAUAUAUAUAUAUUACAACUCCGGAAUUACUCAUGGAAUUGAACUGUUGUCAGGAUAGCUAUGAAAAUUAUAUAUUUCUUCUUCUCGUGAUCUAGAGUUAACAGAUGGACUUAUAUUUUUUUUCAAAUUCCGCAUUCGUUGAUUGUGUUCCUGAAAAAAAGUUUUAAAAACUGCAUUUAAUCUUUCUAUAUUAUGAAUGACUUCAGUUGUUGUAUUUUAAUCUGUUAUUCCAGUAAUUGGAAAUGAAAUUACUAACUCUUAAGCGUUGGGUCUGGUAGAAAUAAUUCCCCACCUUUGUUUUACAAGACAUUUCAUAAGAACUUUGACUGGAGUAAAAACCAUUGGGAUUCA